GGGAAGAGGCAGCAGCGGCGGCGGCUCCUCGCGCGGGUUCCUCCAUGAGCAGGCGGUGCCGAGGCACGGAGCGCCGGGGGCUGCCGCGGGACUCGGGCAGAGCAUUGGUUGUGGCGGAGCAGCAGUGAUCCCCAUCGCAGCCGGGACCCCGGGGAAGGGACAGCAUGCGGCCGGAGGAUGUCUGAGGCUGGCUGGGGCAGUUUUCAUGCUACUCUGCUUUCUCCGAGCGUUGCCAGAGGAAUGAUUGCUGCGUGGGGUGCCUUCUUUUGCUUUUACCUGGUGGUGACUGUCAGCAGCCUCCCAGAAGCCAGGCUGCCUAUCUCGGACCUAGAAGACAGGAUCACUCGAAAACCAACAGAAUAUCUGGGGACUGAGACUGCCUUUCUGGAGGAAUUGGUGUUUGGAAGUGGAGAUACCAUUGAACUUUCCUGUAACACCCAGGGCUCUUCUAUGUCAGUUUUCUGGUUCAAAGAUGGCAUUGGGAUUGCAGCGACCAACAGAACUCAUAUUGGACAAAAACUGUUGAAGAUCAUUAAUGUGUCAUAUGACGACUCUGGGCUAUACAGUUGCAAGCCACGGCAUUCCAGUGAGGUUCUGGGUAACUUUACAGUCAGAGUAACAGAUUCUCCAUCGUCGGGUGAUGAUGAAGAUGAUGAUGAUGAGUCUGAAGACACAGGUGCUCCUUAUUGGACCCGUUCAGAAAGGAUGGAGAAGAAGCUGCUAGCUGUGCCGGCAGCAAAUACCGUUCGCUUCCGUUGCCCUGCAGCAGGCAACCCCACUCCAUCCAUAUACUGGCUAAAAAAUGGCAAAGAAUUCAAGGGAGAACACCGAAUUGGGGGCAUCAAAUUACGGCAUCAGCAGUGGAGCCUAGUGAUGGAGAGCGUGGUUCCAUCAGACCGAGGGAACUACACGUGCGUUGUAGAGAACAAAUAUGGCAGCAUUAGGCACACUUACCAGCUAGAUGUGUUAGAAAGGUCACCUCACCGGCCUAUCCUCCAAGCAGGACUGCCUGCCAACCAGACUGUUGUGGUAGGGAGUGAUGUCGAAUUCCACUGCAAGGUGUACAGUGAUGCCCAGCCUCACAUCCAGUGGCUGAAACACGUGGAAGUCAAUGGCAGUAAAUAUGGAUCCAACGGGACUCCGUAUGUCACAGUGCUCAAGUCUUGGAUCAGUAAAAACGCUGAAGCCGAUGCUAACCUAAAUCUGUUCAAUGUGACAGAACAAGAUGAAGGAGAAUAUCUGUGUAGAGCCAACAAUUUCGUAGGCAUAGCCGAAAAACCAUUUUGGCUCCACAUUCGCAAACCAAAACCAGAGCUAGUGGAGGUGGAUGAUUCUGGCUCCGUUUAUGCUGGCAUCCUCAGCUAUGGGACUGGCUUCGUUCUCUUCAUCCUGGUGGUUGUCAUCGUGAUUAUCUGUAGGAUGAAAAUGCCCAACAAAAAAGCCAUGAACACCCCCACUGUACAGAAAGUCUCCAAAUUUCCUCUCAAGAGACAGGUAACAGUGUCAUUGGAGUCAAAUUCUUCCAUGAAUUCCAAUACCCCGCUGGUCAGAAUCACCCGCCUCUCAUCCAGCGAUGGGCCAAUGCUGGCGAACGUCUCGGAGCUCGAACUGCCUGCUGAUCCCAAGUGGGAAUUAGCGAGAUCUCGCCUGACUCUGGGGAAACCUCUGGGUGAAGGCUGUUUUGGUCAAGUGGUGAUGGCAGAAGCAAUUGGGAUCGAUAAGGACAAACCAAACAAGGCCAUCACUGUAGCUGUCAAGAUGUUAAAAGAUGACGCUACUGACAAGGAUCUUUCUGACCUGGUGUCUGAAAUGGAAAUGAUGAAGAUGAUUGGGAAACACAAAAAUAUCAUUAACCUCCUAGGCGCCUGCACGCAGGAUGGCCCACUUUACGUUCUAGUAGAAUAUGCGUCAAAAGGGAACUUGCGGGAAUAUCUCAGGGCUCGUCGGCCGCCCGGCAUGGACUAUUCAUUCGACACCUGCAAGCUGCCAGAAGAGCAGUUAACAUUUAAAGAUUUAGUCUCAUGCUCCUACCAGGUGGCCCGUGGCAUGGAAUAUUUGGCAUCUCGGAAAUGCAUUCAUCGAGACUUGGCAGCCAGGAACGUGUUAGUCACUGAAGACAAUGUGAUGAAAAUAGCCGAUUUUGGCCUAGCCAGAGAUGUUCACAACAUCGACUAUUACAAGAAAACAACCAAUGGUCGGCUGCCUGUGAAAUGGAUGGCUCCAGAGGCAUUGUUUGACCGGGUCUACACUCACCAGAGCGAUGUCUGGUCUUUUGGAGUGCUGCUAUGGGAGAUCUUUACGUUGGGUGGGUCUCCAUAUCCGGGAAUUCCAGUUGAGGAACUCUUCAAACUCUUAAAAGAAGGCCAUCGGAUGGACAAGCCAGCAAAUUGCACUCAUGACCUGUACAUGAUCAUGAGGGAGUGCUGGCAUGCAGUCCCAUCGCAACGGCCAACCUUUAAGCAGCUAGUGGAAGACCUGGAUAGGGUCCUUACUGUAACAUCAACUGAUGAGUAUCUUGACCUCUCUGUGCCAUUCGAGCAGUAUUCUCCUGCCUGCCAGGAGACACAAAGCACCUGCUCUUCUGGAGACGAUUCCGUGUUUGCCCAUGACCUUCUGCCAGAUGAGCCAUGUCUUCCCAAACACCAGCAGUGCAAUGGUGUCAUCAGGACAUGAUGACUCGAAAAACACAGACGGACCAUGGAGAAAAAACUCACGAAUGUAGGCCUGGAGGACGCCAAGGACAAACAGUAGUGAAGGAUCUUUGAAUGAAACUGCUUGGUAAUUCAAGACUUUUUUUUGUUGUUGUGCCGUAGAAGGGUUGUGGGGGUUCGGAGUUAUUUUUUUUUUCUUCCCAUUUUGCUGUAUAAGAAGUCAAAAAGCACUGUUUGGCCUGAAGGACCUAAUCUCUUGCCA